AUGGCUGCCUUGCAGGCACCGUUUCCUGUGCGCGUCGCCCGCAUCGCCGGCCGCUACCUGGUCUUUGACACCGAGGCCGCUGCCGCGCUACGCCGACAUGUCAACACCAACGGCGUGCUCGUCGGCACGGCGCCGCAGCAGCCGACGCAAAACAUUUUUCUGGGCCUGCCCGUGGAGCUGCGGCCCGAGGAGGUCGAGACUCUAGUGCGCACGGGCGCCGCGUAUGUCGUAGAUGGCGCCGCCGCGCACCGGGACACCCUCCCGUCGUACCGGGACCCGGCCCGCCGGCAGGCGUACGUAGAGUCCCUCCGCAGGCACAAGGAGGCCGCGCAGGCCGCGCUCGCCGAGCGCAGCGCGCAGCGCGCCGCCGAGGUCGCCAAUAAGCUCAAGCGAGGCAAGAACAACAAGGGCGCGGCUGCGGCGGCAGCCGUCGCCGCGCAGUCGCCAGAACAGGCAGACGGCGCCGCCACCGCGCUGCCGCAAGUAAAGACGAUGGGCAUCACGCCCACCUCCAGUACCGAUCUCGUACCAGCCGGCGCGUACCGUUGCGUCGACGCGCCUUCGCAGGACGAGGCCGCGCCGCUGUGCAGGCACCUCCUCAGCAAUGGCUUCCACAUGACGCCCGGCCUGCGCUUCGGCGCCCAAUACAGCGUGUACCCCGGCGACCCGCUGCGCUUCCACGCGCAUUUCAUGGCCAGCCAGUACGGCUGGGACGAGCCCAUCCCCAUUCUGGACGUGGUUGCCGCCGGCCGACUCGCCACGGCCGUCAAGAAGGCGUUUCUGUUUGGCGGCGAGCAACCCGCGGCCGAGGGGGCCGAUCACGAGCCCCAAGUCAGAACGUUCUGCUUGGAAUGGGCUGCCAUGUAA